GGCUGAUCCAUCUUCUGCAGAAGCGCUCGGUAUUGCCCUCCCUGCAGGACCUCGCCGCGGCCCGUGGCGAGCCCGCCCGCGAAGUGGCCGGCAUUGACUGCCAGUUCUGCUCCGACCCUGACGCCGUCAACGAGGAGGUCGAGCGGCUCCGGCGCAUGCCACGCCCCGGCGGUGGGGCUGAGAGCGCAGGUGCGCUGCUGAUUGCUUUCUUCCGGCACUUCGGCUGCGACUACAGAGGCGGCCUCAUUGCCAUCCGCCAGCCGGAGGAGGCGGUGCUCGAGUCCACGGCCGCGGCGCGGUUCUACUUUGUGGACAACCCCUUCGAGGCCGCG